CUGUUUAUCAAUAGUCUUAAAGCAACAGAUAAUUUUGCUUAUAUAACACCACACAUAGAUUAUCAGGAAAGAAUUAAGAACAAAGAACUGCUGCAAAAUAAUUUGGAUAAAAGAAAGUCAAAAAUUGUUCUGAAUAAAAUAGAAAAUCUUUGGUCUGUUUAUGAAGACUUAAAAACUAGAAAAUUACAAUUGGAGGAAAGGAAAAGUGUUGUAUCCAAGGAAUUAGGAGUUCUGAUUAAAGCUGAACAACAAGGCAACCAUGUUGAAAAAUUGAAAAUCCAAAAUAGUCUUUUAAAAGAAAACAUUAACAAACUAAAAAUUCCAUUGUGGUCAGCAGAGGAGGCAGCUGUUGUGGAAGCUUUAAAACUACCAAAUGAAUUACACUCUUUAACUCCAUGUACUAAUAAAAAUAUAAUCUAUGAAUAUGGAUCCAAACCAUCAAAUAACAAAAAUCAUAGAGAUAUUGGUGAAAAACUAAAUAUAUUACAACAUACACAAAAUGGAAAUUAUUAUCUAAAAAGUGAUGCAGCAUUAUUUGAAUUGGGGGCCAAGUUUUACUUCAGCGGUAAAUUAAAACAAAAUAAUUACACACAGUUCUCAAAUCCAGAUUUUUCCAAGAGUCUCAUUAUAGAAGGAUGUGGGGUGGAUCAUACCGAUCCAAAUGCAACAUUUAUUUUACACCACAAUGAAGACAGUAAAAUCAAUAUUGAUAAUCGCCUGCAUUUGACGGGUGCUGGGUCUUUAUUUUCUUUCCUGGCAUACUAUGCUAAAAACAUUUUGCAUGGUAAAUCAUUGCCAUUGAAAUACUUUUCUUUGGGGAGACAGUACAUACCUUCUAAUCCAAAUGAGACCAGCUUACUACACACUAGUCAAAGUUCAGUUGUUCAAUUAUUUGGUAUAACAAAAAAUAGCACAGAUGCUGAUAUAAUGUUGCAGGAAACUAUUGAGAUUGUUAAAAAACUUUAUGGUGAACUUGGUUAUCAUUUCCGUUUGAGCUAUGUACCUGCAUGCGAGUUAAAUAUGUGGGAAUCUUUAAGGUUGGCAAUAGAAAUGUACUCCAGUUCUCUACAAAGUUAUGUAGAGAUUGGAAAUAUAUCAAUAAGUGAUGACUUUAUUAGUAAGAGACUAAUGAUUAUGUAUGAUCACGAGAAGCAACAUAAAUUCCCUCAUUUAAUAUCUGGUACAGUUCUCAAUAUACCCAAGUUUUUGGCAUGUGCUUUAGAACAAGACGGAGAUUUCAUUUUGCCUGAACAAUUUAAGGUGGAAAAUUGGAUUAAAUAA